CUUUUUGUUUAAUCGACUAGCCCCACCUGUUUACGCCGUGCAUAAUAGAGCGAGCCACAAUACAAUUACAUACAAUAUAGUCGCCAUAUUGAAAAGGCCCAAACCGAAUGUCUGAAGAGGAGGCAAGAAAAAGCCUGCAAUUUCAGCAAAAACCUCGAAAUAUAACUCCAGAAAUGGAAACUUUAAGUUGUCCGAAGAUGAGUAUACGUGUCUACCAACGAAAGUGAUUUUUCUUUGACCGGGGGAUGAUUCAAACCCGCGACUUGGAAUGAAGUCUGGAUGGUUUUCUGUCGCUCGGAGGUCUGGCGGGACACCUUGGGCUUGGCGGAGCAGUAUGGCAACGCCCGAGUCGAAACGGCGAAAUGUCGCCAUGAACGGCGCAAGAGCUGACCAUCGUUGGGCCUGGAGAUACAGAAGUGCUGUUGGUGGCUUGCAAGUAGUGGUGAUUUUUUGCCUGUUGUCUCCUGCCUCUUCCGCACCGACUGCAACAAUUGUGCCUUCUUCAUCUGCUGCCCCUGAUAACCUAACAACCCCAGCAAUAACAGAUCUAACUCAGCAGCACACAUCAGAAGUCAAGCCAAUUUCAGAAAACCCAAGGCAACCAGGGAAUGUUCAAAUACCACUUGAAAUAACUCGACAACCAAUAGAGCCCCCGUCAAUCCAGCGAGGCCCAGAGAACAAGACCGUUGCCGUCGGUGGUCGAGUCACAUUCCGCUGCCAGCCUGUGGGUCAGGGGUUAGAGGUCACCUGGGUCAAGGAUGGACACGACAUUCCGCGCAACAGUUCCCAGUAUAUUAUUAAGAGUAAUUUCAACCUCAGGAUCCCCAGUAUCAGUACUUCUGAUGGUGGUGUUUAUCAGUGCCGAGCAUUGAAUGCUGGCGGGGAGGUGUAUUCAACGCCAGCUUUCCUUGAUGUCCAAAUUCCAGCACAGAUCCCUGGUGAGCAGCAGACCAUUGAUGUGUCUUAUGGCGCCGCAGUCAACCUUACAUGUGCAGCAACUGGAAAUCCUAAGCCAACAUUUAGCUGGACCAAGAACACAGAUUUUGUGAAAAAUGAAGAGACUCACCCUCCCACUUACUGGGUCAAGCAGUAUCUGACCUUCAACGCAUCAAAGUCUCUCAAUUAUACCUGCUUAGCAAGAAACAAAGUCUUACAGCAGGAUGGCAGGGAGAAGGAUUAUGUGUCCACAAUGCAUUAUAAUGUCAGAGUCCAUGGAAUUCCAAGUUACUGUGCCAGCUACAGAGGCAACAUCUGCAAGAAUUACUUGUCGGGUCGCAGUGUCUUUGUGGAUGCCAAUUUCUACGACCCGCACAAUCGCAUGGAGCCAGUGUUAAAGAGACUGACUGACCACGUGGACAGCAUCGUCCAGGAUAGCACCUGCAGGGAGGCUUUCAAGUCACUGGUCUGUCACAGCAUGCUGCCUGACUGCAAAAACUCCAGGCUUCAACCACUCUGCAGGGAGGACUGUCUGACAGUGCGCAGUGAUCUCUGCUAUCAGGACUGGAGGAACUUGAAGCUUCGCUUGAGCAGCGAUGAGAGGAUUAAGCAGAAGCUGGGGCCACUAGCGGGCUUAUCACAAUGCCAGGAUCUCCCCAGCAAAGAAGCAGCCCCAGGGAGCUGUAGUGAUGCUGGCCUGUUUGAGAUGCGAGACGAUAAGAAAACAUGGGAUUGUGUUGACAAUAGUAACGAUGGCAUGUACUACCAGGGUAACAUCAGUGUGACCAAAACGGGAUUGACUUGUCAGCAAUGGGCAACAAGUUACCCACAGAGCCGGCGCAUGUUUGCAUCAGUAUAUCCCCAGCUGGUGAACAGCAGCAACUACUGCCGUAACCCAGGCGGGCGGUACAGUGAACCAGGCUGCUUUCCCACUGGCGGUGAAACAGAGUGGCAAUCCUGCAAAAUUCCAAGCUGUGAUGUAACGACAGAAGCGAGUCCAACUACACCACCACAACAGUCAUCCACAACCGCCACUGCGGAGGAGAAGCAUGCCAUAACUGACACACCCUAUGUGCAUCCCGUACCAAUGGAACCAAACAGCAACAGAGACAUAUAUUUGAUAUGUGGUGGCGCUUUUGUUGGUGUAUGUUUUGUUUGCAUCAUAGUCGGCGCCGUCCUGUUCUGUCGUUACAAGUUUAACCGCUACUCCCGCUAUAAGUUCCCAGGCGAUUUGGAUGUCAGCAAAUUGCCCGAGAACCCCAUGUAUGGGAAAGACUUCAACAAAAGCUUCAACCCACACUUGAGGCACUUGGAAUAUCCUCGCAACAACAUCAUAUAUAUUGUAGAUAUUGGCGAGGGGGCAUUUGGACGGGUGUUUAAGGCGAUUGCACCAAAAUUGCGCCCGGAGGAAGCUUCCACCACCGUCGCAGUCAAAAUGUUGAAAACAAAUGCUGAUAGAGAUGUCCAGGAGUACUUCAAUCGUGAGGCAGAAAUUAUCGCCAGAUUUGAUAACCCUAACGUGAUCAAACUGUUGGGGGUGUGCUUUGUUGGCAAACCACUGUGCAUACUACUUGAGUACAUGGGCCAAGGGGACCUUCAGGAAUUCCUACAUUACCACAACCCUGACCAAUCCCCACAGGGUGGGCCAGGGGGUGCCUUGCGGAUUAAUAGCCGCACCCAACUCAAUUUAGCAUACCAGGUGGCCUGUGGUAUGGUCUACCUGACCGAGAAGCGGUUUGUGCACAGGGACAUUGCAACUAGAAACUGCCUGGUUGGCAACAACAAUGAGGUCAAGAUUUCCGACUUUGGCCUCGCUCGCUACCUUGGCUCCAGCGACCACUUCCUGGGUCACAAGGAUGAGACCAUACCCAUACGCUGGACCUCACCUGAGGCCCUGUGGCACUACAAGUUCACAACCUACUCCGAUGUCUGGUCCUUUGGGGUGCUGUUAUGGGAGAUAUUCAGCUUUGCUCGGCAGCCAUACGAGAGCAUGACUCAUGAGGAAGUCUUCCUGCAGACCUACAAAGGGCACACGUUGGAGUGCCCUGACAACACACCCCACUGUGUCUAUGAACUGAUUCAGAUGUGCUGCAGUCAGGAUCUGAAUGCCAGGCCGUCUUUCUAUACUUUGCGAGACACGCUGAACUCCAUGCAGGACAGUGAGUUGGUCUGUUGAUCUGUUUGCUAGCAGGCUGGGUGCAUCUGUCAAUUCUCAAAGGACCCAGUACUUUUAAGUCGACCUUUAACAAAAUCAAAGGCAGCAAAAAUGCACAGGUAUUUAAAUAGUGAUGUAAGGCGCACAAGCAUCAAAAUCAACGCAUGAGUUUGAUUAAGCUGCUCUUAAUUUUCCAUGACAUUUCUAUAUCAUCAACAUACAUUUAGUUAACUUCUGAUGACUUUGUAAUGGUGAACUAGCUGUUUGAUCCAUCGCACAGUGGUUCAUACACAGUUUGAUAUCUGGACUGUAUGUUCUAGGUUCAAACAUACACAAUGUGUGUGUUUGGGUGCCUCUAGAGUUAUGAAAACUAUUGAUCAUUGUAUUGAUGAAAAAUCUUCCAAAAGUUAAAACGUUUAUAUGGUUAUGUAUUUAUACCAUACAUUUAAAAGUACGGAGGCAAGCGUAUUCUAUUCUUAAAUUAUUCUUUUUUUAAUUGACCUUAUUCAAUUUGCUGCUGUUUUGAGGCUUUCCCUAAUACAGCCAUUUAUCCUUUAUCAGGACUCGAGUUUAAUCUUCCAAAAGUGAAACAAACAAUGAAAUGGUUUAUCCAUUUUGUUUAGUUUCAGUAUUUCCUUCCUUGUUUGAAAGCAUCGAGACAAUGUACUUAUAGGAGGUGAUCAAUUGAUUUAUAUUUGCCAAAAUGCUGUUUUUUAAUCUUUUGUAUAUUUUGUAAACUUAUGAAUGCAGGAUAUUAAUUUCUCUGUGAUAUAUGUCUUCCUGUUCCCUUAUUUUGGGGGAAAUUAUUUUUAGUUUGUUUGAAAAGUUUGUGUAGACAAGAAUUGAUCACACAAAUAGUUAAAACUAGAGCUUAACUCAUGUGUGCAUGUACAUGCUUUAGGUAAAGCACACGUGUUCAUGUACAUGAUAUUUUGUGCUCAGUCAUAGUGGAUGCGAAUUGAUAGUACUGUUGUACAUUUACAUGAUAUUAUGUCUCUCCGUUGACCCCAAAUAUUCGUGUACUUUUCCAUUUUCACCAAUCUUUCACAUGUACAUAAAAUGUACUUGCAAUGAUGAAGUUGCAAUUUGUGUCAUGUCUUUGGGGUCUGAAACCAAUUGACGGAGUUAUCAAAUCAAUUGACAAUUAGAAGCACAUGUAUGGUGGACACAAAAGGAGGGCGCCAUUGAGAGUGAGUAUACUCUUGUAUUUACUCAAAUUUACCCACUUCAAAUAGCGCCCUCCUAUUGUGUCCGCCAUGUUUGAAAAAGGUUACUAGCACUAUGGUUAAACAUGGUAUACACUGAUUGUUUUUUAACUUUUUGAAAUGUUGUCCUAGUUGUUUUAUGUUCUGUUAUAGAGAAUAGACAAGGAACUGUAGAUUCGUAGUCCAUUGUGGCACGAAUCUACAGUUCCGAGUCUAUUCUCUGACUUAUUUUUUUUUUCAAAAAGGUUUAUUCAAGAACCCCAUGCAUCACCCCACUCACCAUGUUUUUUGAUAUUGUUUGUGUAGAUUCGUAAAUUUACUCGGCAUACAUAUUAGUCAAUGUACAACGAAUGGAAGGCGCCUCACUGCCAAAAGCAUGUCAACUUAGUAAGUCAUGUCUGAUAGAAUUACACAAAAUACCUUCAUGUUGUAAAUUUACAAAAAUAAGGAAUGCGUGGUAUCUGUGGUUUGUUUCGAAUCUACAGUAAACUGUACACUCGUUAUGAAUCUCCAGUAAACUGUAGACUCUUGAAAAUAAUCUACACUUUAAACAAAAGGGUGAAGUCACAAAAAUAGUUUAAUGGGAUGGAAUUCAGGGAUGGAGUUCCUUUAUUUUGGACUACAUAUAGUCGUAAAAAUACAAACUCUCACUAGAGGUAAAAGUGUCUUGCAGGACAGUAUAAUUCACUUUGAAGAUUAGUACAUGUACAUGUAGUCUGUCAUGCAGUGCCACUGUACCAGUGGUAACAUUUUUUAGGCUUAGUUGUGACCUUUAAGGGCUUAUAAACACAUCUGUUCAAAUAUGUCCAUUGCCUGGUAUUUCCAUUCCAUUACCUGGUAUGCAGUGAACGCCCAGCGUAAGAAAAGGAAACCAUCUUCUGACAAAUUGCUACGGUGUUAGUCUGAAAUGGGGUUCCAUUGAUCUUUGUUUUUUGAAAACAACAGGUGGGUUAGUUCUACUACAAUUGGAGAAAAACACUGCAAAAGAUAACAAAAAAGUUAAGUUACUUUUCAAGGCAUACUUCCUCUAGAGAUUUAGGGGCUUAAAAACUAUCCACAAAUAUCAACAAACCACUCCAAAAUACUUGACUUGGCGGUUGAUCUAAAGUGCACACAGUCCUAAGUAUUGUGGCCCCGCCUACUGUACCCCUCCAGGGUACUUGGCUCCACAUAAACAAUUUCUGAUGGAAUGGCAACAAUCUGGUGUUUUCAUUCCCAGCUUGUAGCUUCCUAUGUACAUACACCUUUUGAGUCUAUUUAUCAGAAAAUAAAUCCAUGCAGUUGGUUGCUGGUGUGGCCUAUUCAGUAAUGUAUUUGUUAUGCAGUAUUUUCAGCAGUCGGGAUCGAGUCUAGCCACUGUCACCCAAAAGUAGGGAAACAUAUGGCUGAAAAGAAUUUCCACAUUUACGGAAAAGCAGGGGAACAAUUUGUCGUUGAGAUAUAAUGGAUUGUUAGUUUCAAUUUUCUGUACAGAACCCCAUGAGUUGUUUCCAAAUGUACAUGCAUCAACUGUCCUGUAUUUUGGCUUGAUUCGUUAACAUCUUUGGUUGAAAAUUCACUAGUACGAAAUGUAGUCGUAUUUGAUAAUUAGAUUGCCUGGAAAUCUAAAAAUAAAAAAAGAGAGAAUACAUGUACACAAGUUCCUGGCCGACAUAUUGAUGGUCGAGAUGGAAUGGCCAUGGAACAGUAGUACAGAGCUAUAAACCAUGGCCCAGUUUAAGCCAAACAUGAAGGAGUUAUUGAUUUCUCAUUUUUGUUCCCAGACAAUGUAUUCAAAGUUGGUGCAAUCUGGAGUUCCCUUGUACAUGAAUCGCUGUACAUACUUUGUAAAUAUUGAUCACCAGCAGUAUCGAACUGUUGAACUGUAAAUUACGAUAAAGCAUUUGUUUGCAUUAGCAAAGAAAAUAUCCACAAAUAGUUUUCUGUAUGUAAACUGUAGCAAGAGGCCGUACAUAUUAUGGCCAUUUUUAAGAUGAAAUUAUGCAGAUUAUGUACAUUUUGAUAACAAAGUUUUGAGUUGAGUCAUUGUGUUUUUAUUCAUUACACAAUAAUUUUUAUAAAAGGUAAUGUCUCGUAUCCAAACUUGUCUUCAUACAAUGCAAAGGGCAACACGUUUGCAAGAAAACCAAAACAUAAUGUGAGAGUUAAAAAGUUCAGUUGCACAUUCAUUUUUUUGAAUAGUGAAACUUGAUUCAUACGGUUCCCAACUUGAGAGAUAAUGAAAGUGCAUAUAGCAAUACAAUACAUAUCUUAUCUUUAUUUCUGUGAGAACAAUAAGUGGCACAGCGUACUCAUUUUAUUAUGCAACAUAUGUACAAUGUAUAUGCACAUACCGAGUUAUAAUAUAAAACUCUUAUAACCAAUGUACAUGUACCUAUUUUGUGUCCAUGUUAUUAAAUCUUAAACAUUUUUAUUUGUUUAUAAUCUGUCUACCUAGAUUUCCCACUGAAUAUUAUUUGUAUUUAAUGUGAUUUUUCUACAUUUUGUAAUGUAUACAAAGAUACGCCUAUAAAUAAAGCUGUAUCAGGCUUUCCAUAUUAAUGAA